AUGCCUUACGCCGAUAGUAUCUUGCUCACCAUGUCGAAAGUGAAGGAGGGUGUGAAGCCCGCCAAGGCCCAUGGUAUGAGUCGAUCUGUCUCCCAGGUCUAUGAGAAGAAGGAAGUCCCCAUGGGGCCCAGCUUCAUCCUACAGAGCCUGGAGCCCAAUCUGUCCAUCACUCUUCCUCUUCCACAGAAUGGAUAUUGGCUUACGCUGACCAAAAUAUUCUCAAAGGAUGUUGUCGCUGGCGAUCGCAUCCAGACGCUGACUGUGAUUGCCGUGAGUGGGAAGAGGUAUAACGUCACGUGCCAUCUUAAUCACACGAAACCCCCACACAUCCUAAAGGCAUGUUUGGGAAAGGAAGGGAUCACGGAGCUGUAUCUGUACGGGUUGGUGAUGCUGCACGAGAGCGAGGAGAUGCUCCUCGAUGCAAAGAUGACCCUGGCCGAGUCGGGUCUGGUGAAGGACUGGAAGCCCAUGUCUUUCAUCACCCUUUACAUCCAGUUCCUCAUUCACAUCCAGCCAUCUUUCUACCUGGAGGAAAAAACACGAGAGAUGCUGUACGUCGAGCUGCGGAGGCGGCUGAUGGAGGGAACGCUCGCCUCUCCCCCACUUGGGCUCCAUGCUUCCCUCCAUCUUGUCUCCUUUGCCCUCCAGGCUGAGUUUGGCAACCACAGCUGCUCCUGGGUGAGCAUGCGGAAGAAGAAAUACUUGACUUACUUCCUGCCUGAGCAUUACCUUCCAUCUCAUCUGGUCCCUACCGUUGUGGCUGAGGAGAAGCUCCUGUGUGGGAAAAUGGAGGAGCUGCAUCGGUGCAUGGACGGCUUGAGUCGCGCAGAGGCGCGGGAUGGCUUCCUCGAGGAAGUGUCUCACCUGCCCUCCUAUGGGAAACGCCUCUUCAAAGUCUUAAAUAGGGGAAAGGCAGAGAAGGAGAAUCGGGAAGUGCUCGAGCUAUGGUUGGGGGUGGAUGGAAUUUCCCUCAAGAGGCCCUGUCACUACCCGCCGAUCCUGGAUCUACCGUGGGAGGAUGUGCAGAAGGUGUCCUUCCAUGGGAACACGGUGGCCUUUUCGCACGGUUCGGCGGCCCGCGUUCCACUUCCGCAGAAGUGGGUCCGCAAAAAGAGUCAGAACGUCAAGCUUCGGCCUGUGCAUCUCAGGUUGGGAAAUCCCUUUUUCCCCUUUCCUAACAUGUUCACACCAGACCACAUGGAUUCAGCUGCAGCAAAAGUGUAUCAGAUGCAAAAUUCACACCUUCAGGACUCUGCUAUGAAAGUGAGCAUGCGGAAGAAGAAAUACUUGACUUACUUCCUGCCUGAGCAUUACCUUCCAUCUCAUCUGGUCCCUACCGUUGUGGCUGAGGAGAAGCUCCUGUGUGGGAAAAUGGAGGAGCUGCAUCGGUGCAUGGACGGCUUGAGUCGCGCAGAGGCGCGGGAUGGCUUCCUCGAGGAAGUGUCUCACCUGCCCUCCUAUGGGAAACGCCUCUUCAAAGUCUUAAAUAGGGGAAAGGCAGAGAAGGAGAAUCGGGAAGUGCUCGAGCUAUGGUUGGGGGUGGAUGGAAUUUCCCUCAAGAGGCCCUGUCACUACCCGCCGAUCUUGGAUCUACCGUGGGAGGAUGUGCAGAAGGUGUCCUUCCAUGGGAACACGGUGGCCUUUUCGCACGGUUCGGCGGCCCGCGUUCCGCUUCCGCAGAAGUGGGUCCGCAAAAAGAGCCAGAACGUCAAGCUUCGGCCUGUGCAUCUCAGAGCCAAAGAUUUAUUCCUGUGGAUGUCAGUAUUCUCCCGUUGGCAUGGCAAUCUGGAAUCUGGAAUCUUUGAGACUCGUCAUCCUGCUUGUUCCACAGACGAUUCUGGGUUUGCCAUGUCCCGUGAGAACGAUGCAAACAGAGAUCUGGAGCAGCAGAAGAGGGAGGGGCAGCCCAGGCGUUCCCAGUCGGUCGACUCCCUUCCGAAUCCGAUCCGUCGCCUCUGGCUGGCCCGAGGUCCUUCCUUCCCUAGGCAUGAGGCCUCCCUCAAUAAUUCCUUUAGUAACAACUGCAUAAACAACAGUGAUCUACCCGGAGCACGACUUAUGGAAGUGAUGUCCCAGUGUGAGGGGAAGGGGUGGGAUGCUGCCCUGCAGGAGACAGUCUCCACCUCGCUCAUGGAGAAGCUGACCGCCUGCUCCAUCGGGGUGGGGCCGACCCGCAAGAUCCAUGCCGUCAGGCAACUUGCCUUUGUAUUUGGUGUCAUCCUCAAUGUCCUUGGUCCCAGGUUGGUGCGCGAGAGCCGAAGCGAGCAGUGGGGUCUGAUCGUGCGAGAGGGCAAUGAUGGUUGCAUCUAUGUCCAUGCCCUCCCAUAUGUUGGCAUCGCUGCUCAAUCCGGUCGCAUCUUUCAAGGAGAUCGCAUUGUGGUGGUGAAUGGGGAAUCUCUCGAAGGGAAGACCUUCGAUGCAGUGCUGACCAUCUUGGAGAAGGUGGAUCUCAUCAUGGAUCUCAUCAUCAGUUCUACCCAGUGAUAUCAUCAGUGUUCAAAUAUGUUUGUCAUCUGUGUUCAUGUAUUUUUUUCCUCUGAACUGGUCAGUCUCUUGUUAACCUUGAGGUUCCUGGACUUACAUCUAUAUAUGCCCUGGAG